AUGCCUGAAACAGGUCAGCCAGCGCAAGAUCCAUCACGACCUGUUCAACAUCAGAAACCUCAAUUCAGACACCUCUUCGCGUUCACAACAUGGCGUCACUCAUUAUUUCUUGCUCCGGCACUUGUUGCAUCGGUAUUCGCCAGUGUCCUCAGAGCGUCACUUGCUGUUCUUGUUGGGCGGAUAUUUGGCCUCAUCGCAAGUCAUGGUAGAGACGCUCUUUCAGCAAUAGACACAGUGGCGCAGGUGUCAACGUGGUGUACAGUUUUGGUCAUUGUUGGCAGCAUAGGAUGGAUCAUCCACUUUGCCUUGAUGUUUUCUUGGCUUGCGUUCGGCGAUUUACAAGCACAAAGUGCGAGGCAGCGGAUACUUGGCGCAUUACUGCAUAGGGAUCUCAACUGGUAUGACCGUCAGGUAAACGGCACUGCCGUCCUCCUUGCAAGAACGCAAACUCAACUGAGGGACCUGCAAUCAACAGUAUGCAUUGUUCUCGGCAAUCUUUCCGUGGAUUUCUUGACAACCGGUGCGAACCUGGUUGUCGCCUUCUUCUACUCCUGGCAGUUGACACUGGUCAUCCUCGCCACGCUGCCACCCUCGAUCUUCAUUCUCAAGCUUCUCAGCCGGAAGCUUCAGCCUGCGAUGGAGGUACAGAAACAAGAAUUAUCACUGGCUUCCAAACACGCGAUUUCGGCCAUCGCCGCCAUUGAUAUCGUCAAGGCCUUCAGCGGCACCGAUCAGGAGACAUGGCAAUACUCUGCCGCCAUCAAGCGCUCAACGAAAGCAUUUCUUGUCCAAUCACGAGCAAGUGCCUGUCAGAUGGCAUACAUGAAGUUCUGGCUGGAAAUCAUUUUUGUUAUAGGCUUCUAUUACGGCGCACUAUUAGCCAAGAAAGGGAUGGAUCCCGGAAGCGUAGUCACGGCCUUUUACGCUACAUGCAACGCCCUCCAAGCCAUCGAGUCUGUUGCACCUCUAUAUAUAAUGCUUGCCAAGGGGAUUUCUGCGGGUCAGACAUUACAGCACAUAUCCAAUCAUGUUAAACCCAGCGGUAUUACUAAGAAACCUGUUGGUAACGAGACACAAGAUGAAUGUGACGGUGCUAUCAGGUUCCAUAAAGUCUCGUUCGCCUACUCCGGUAACCCCCGUAGCCUAGUCCUGGCUCACAAGAGAUUAUACUUCCCAGGGCGACAGCUCAGUUUCCUUAUUGGUCCAAGUGGAGCAGGCAAGAGUACCGCUGCGGAUCUCCUUGUCAAGUUCUACGAGCCAUAUGAAGGUGACAUCACCAUCGGCGGCGUUUCUCUAAAGAUAUUAGACGAUGAUUGGAUCCGGCGCAAUAUUAUUCUGCUUCAGCAGGACGGCGUUUUGUUUGAUGACACGUUUCUGGCAAAUAUUACUAUGGGUAUUGCUUGCUCAGACAAGGCUAACAGAGCGAGUAUUGAUGCCGUCUGUGAUGCCACACAUCUCCAGUCUACCAUCGCGGACAUGCCUAAUGGCGUUCGAACCAGAGUCGGGAAUUUCGGACAUAAUCUCAGCGGUGGGCAAGCUCAACGAUUAUUUCUGGCACGCGCACUCAUACGCAAUCCAGAAGUUUUGAUUCUCGAUGAGCCCACAAGUGGCCUGGACAGUCCAACACGCACGUUGGUUAUGGAGGCAGUCAGAGCCUGGCGAAAUGGGAAGACAACUAUAGUCAUCACCCAUGAUCUCACACAGAUCAGGAGCAAUGAUCACGUCUGCGUACUUGAUAAAAAGCGGGAUAUUGGUUGGGGUCUCCGGCAUAAAAUGGAGACUGCAUACAAGACUUCUUUGGCUGAUCUCUUGACUUCUGACAACGCCUCCAUCUCCAAGGCCAUUGUGCUAAGAUGCUCUGAUGGAGUCGGUUUGCAAAGUCAGACCCCCUCUCCGGAGCACUUGCAAGCUGAACCACAAGUCUCAAUACCUCCUUUGUCCGCGACGCUAUGGCCAUGCAUAGCAUCCGCUAACUCCAAGCUCGUCAGUGGACGCUUGCGAUUCGGCACUGGACCGACCACAGCCCAAGAGACAUCCCGGGGGACGCAGCAACCAUCGCGUACACACAAGUCACCAGUACAAAUGGAUUCUGGGCACUCUACAAAACUACUGCCAGAUUUCUGGAGGCACCAAUACAGGACAGGCAAAGAAACACUCGACCAAAUUAUCGACCUCGCAAGUUCGAAGACAACGGCUGUGUUGAAAGCCCCGACACAUUGCCCUGAUGCCCCACGGAAAAUCAGUAGGACGCCGUUGAGGGAUACUAUUAUCAAAGAUAUCCCUAUGCUACCACCCGACGUGGGUAGAACGAGUUUGACUAUGCUUCAGGAACAAGCUUAUUCUGUUCGUCGACUCCGCACCAGGAAUGGAGACCAUGUCGAGAGCAAGAAGCGGGCAACGCCGCGAGGAUCUUAUAUUGACACUAGUAACAACGGCGGCAUUGAUAUAGUAGACCGGGACCCAAGCCAUGAGAAGUGUCAAUCAACCGAGAACACUGGCAAGAUUGUUUCGCUGUAUGCAACUUACCGGACCGUCUGGCCAUUGCUUGACACCAAAGCACGCUGCUAUCUGGUCAUCGGGCUUCUCAACUGUGUUCUGCUGGCAGCCUCUGUACCCGCAUUCUCUAUCAUUUUCGCCAGCCUCCUAUCGGUAUUACAUCUUAGCGUCGACUCUAUUCCUGAUAGUCAGACAUGGGCACUAUUUCUUCUAUUAGUCGCUGUUGUGGGCGCUACUGCCACCUUUCUAGCUAACUUUCUCAUGGAUUAUUGCGGCCAAGUUUGGAUAGAUGCAUUGCGCGUUGAAGCGAUUUCGCGAAUAAUGCGACAACCAAGGCCAUUCUUCGACAAAUCAAAACAUACGCCAAACAGGAUCAUAGAGUGCAUGGAUCGAAAUGCAGAGGAGAUUCGAAGUCUCGUCGGACGGUUUGCUCCAGGCGUCUUGAUGAUGGCAACGAUGGUUCUGACGACUACAAUAUGGGCUUUUAUCAUCAGCUGGCGACUCACUCUCGUGGCGUUGUCUACCGUACCUCUUCUGUUCGGGGUAGUACAAGGUUACGCUCAUGUCAGCAACAAGUGGGAGGUUCGCUAUAACGUGACAGCAGAAGCAACAGCCGCGGUCAUGACCGAGGCUAUCACCAAAUUACGAGUCGUGAGAGCCCUAAGUUUAGAACAACACUUUACCGCCAAACACGAUAAGUCUGCAUUGCUCACCUACCACGUUGGUUUGAAGAAAGCUGCAUGGAUGGCAGUGCUCUUUGCGUGCUGGCAAGCAUUGAUCUGGAUGGUUAUGGCAAUUAUCUUUUACUAUGCGACAGUUUUACUGGCUGUACGAAUCAAGCUGACUGUAGACGAUAUGUUGAAGGUAGUCAGUCUUUUGGUGCUCGGAAUUGGUGCAGCAAGUCAGAUGCUUGGCUCUAUCCCUGCGACCAGCAGUGCACAAGCAACAGCAGGUCGGCUGAUAUACUACGCAAGUCUCCCGGUGCCUGGUGAUAAAAACAAAGAUAACCAGUCAAACGAGAGCGAGUACGAAGAUACGAGAAAAGAUUUUACUAUCAAGCCUAAAAAGAAACUUGUGUCUCCCUUUCCGGUUCGUCUGGAUGGCGUCUAUUACUCAUACCCUUCGCGUGAGGGUAAAGCAGCACAUUCAGUGCUGAGCAACCUGACACUCGAGAUCAGCCCCGGAAUGACAACCGCCAUAACCGGCCACUCGGGUUGUGGGAAGUCAACUCUUGCAUCAUUACUGUUACUGAUGCGCGAACCGACACACAUUCCUCAAGUCCGCAAUGUGCGCCCAUCGAUUUACCGUCACCCUAUCUCCUUCGCCGGGCUCCCACCAGAGCUACUCGACAUGAAUACUCUUCGCAACCAGAUUGCCUUUGUGCCACAACAACCUGUCCUGUUCCCAUUAACGAUCGAGAAAAAUAUUACUUACGGCCUUCCAGACACGAGUCCACUUCUAGAACUAUCAAACAUCGAGCGCGCAGCACGACAAGCCGGUGUUCUCGACUUCAUCGACAGCCUACCAUACGGAUUCGAUACUGCGGUCGGUGAGGGCGGGCAGGCCUUGUCUGGAGGACAAACCCAGCGUAUCUGUCUAGCUCGGGCUUUAGUACGGCGGCCAAAACUGCUUAUUCUCGACGAGCCGACCAGCGCACUGGAUCCUGAAGCUGCAGUGGGCGUACGACGAACCAUUUCGCGCCUGAUCGACAAGGCAAGAGGCAUGCCGGGUUUGACACCGAGCCCGGUACACGGCCGACCCGUUGUUGAGACAUGGGAUCUGAUCGCCGAGGAGUCCGCUAGCGGCAGGUGCCAAAACGAGAUCGCGAUAGUCAUCAUCACACACAAUGUGGAGAUGAUGAAGGUCUGCGACCGGCUUGCAGUUUUAGACCGGGGCCGAAUUGCAGAGCAGGGCACAUUCAAAGACUUGUUGAACAAACAAGGACGAUUGGUGCAGCUGAUUGGGAAAGACCAGGCCCCAGAAGGUGGUGAACGAUAG